GCUGUUGCUGAGAAUAAAAGCAGUAGCAAAAAUGAGAAGUGGAAGAAGACCCAUAUACCUUGUUCAAGUUUAAAGGAACUCGGUUCAAAAUGGAAAAAGCAUGUGAAAAAAUCUUUACCCCUCAUAAGUUUAAAUGUAAAGAAAUCAACACAGUUUUCAGCCAGUCAGGAUCCCACAGGUCCUCACUGUUGUAAAGCAUGUGGAAAGAUUUUCCAUUAUAUGUACACACUGAGGACACAUGUGCAAACACACGCAAUGGACAAAAUCCAUAUCUGUGGAAUUUGUGGAAAACGUUCAGCGUCUAAAGAAAGUUUCAUCCAACACCUGCAAAUUCACACCAAGAAAAACAAAUGCAGUAUAUGUGGCAAGCAGUUUUCAAAUCAUUCCCGUUUGAAACAGCAUAGGAGGUUUCACAGACCAAAGGGUCUCAAUGUUAUGUUAUCAGCUUAAAAACCACAGUUGACUGAAAUCCUAUAGUUGUCAUAAAUGCAUCAAAUCCUGGAAUCAUUAUUGGAAUCCUACAGUAAAAUCUACUAAGUGGUACUUGCUAGUUCACUUUGUGCUAAUGGGAGAAAUGACUUAGUUCCCAGAUGAACAUUAUUUUUUAUUGUUGGAUUUUUUUUUGUGACAAUUUGUAGGUUUAACAUAAAAACACUUAAGUCGAUUGUUUUCUUCCUCUUUUGGAAAGUGUUUAAGUGAAAGGCUUUAGGUAGGCCUAGUCACCAAACUCCACCAAACAGAUUGUAUUAUUGACAGAUGCAGUGCCAUUAAGAUCAUCCCCAGGAUUUAGAUGAAAUCUGGUUUAAAUUCAAGGAAUUAUCUCUUUGUAUCUACAAUAAAUUAUUUAAAUAUUCUGUUGUGCCUCUGCAUAACUAACAUAUCCAGUUAUCUCGAAUCAAUAUUUGAGCUAAUAUUUCUGAGCUUGUAUGAUAAACAUUUUCCACAUCACAGUAUCAGAAAAUAUAUUGACACAGUGACUACGUGACACCUGUGUAUUGCACUUUUCUAUAUCAAUAAUUGAAUAAAAAUGUACUGGCACUGCCACAAAAACCUGUAGUGACUCCUGGACUUGAAUUGACAGUCCGUGCGGUCAGUGAGUGUUUGCUAUCGGUUCGGUGACUUGUGUUUUGGUCCCAACUUUUUCGUUUAAUAAUUUCUGUCCCAUGAUGUGGUUAAUUUGCCCAUGGUAGGAAGGAAGGAAGAGGGGAAGCAGCACCGUUUGGCUCCAGAGUCUGUUCUCAUUCAGUUCUCUCGGUUAAUUUACAGUAACUCCCGAGCGAGUUAUUGCCUUCUUUUACACAGGGAAUAUGGCUGUGUUGAAGAUACAAGACCAGCCAUCUCUGUUAAGAGCCAUCUUCAACGUGGACCCAGAUGAAGUUCGCUCCCUUAUAUUCAAGAAAGAGGAUGUCAACAUUCAAGACAAUGAGAAGCGGACACCACUGCAUGCUGCAGCCUACCUGGGAGAUGCUGAGAUCAUUGAACUGCUCAUCCUCUCAGGAGCCAGAGUUAAUGCCAAAGAUAGCAAGUGGUUGACUCCUCUUCAUCGAGCUGUCGCCUCUUGUAGUGAGGAUGCAGUAGCAGUUUUGCUGAAGCACAGUGCAGACGUUAAUGCCCGGGACAAGAACUGGCAAACGCCACUCCAUGUAGCAGCUAGCAACAAGGCAGUACGCUGUGCUGAGGCGCUGGUACCACUGCUAAGUAAUGUGAAUGUGUCUGACCGGGCUGGACGCACCGCCUUGCACCAUGCUGCCUUCAGUGGACAUGUAGAGAUGGUGAAGCUGUUACUGUCUAGAGGAGCCAAUAUUAAUGCUUUUGACAAGAAAGACAGGAGAGCCAUUCACUGGGCAGCCUACAUGGGUCACCUGGAAGUAGUGAAGUUACUGGUGGACAGUGGAGCUGAGGCCGACUGUAAGGACAAGAAGGCCUAUACGCCACUUCAUGCAGCCGCCUCCAGUGGCAUGAGCAGCACAGUGCAUUACCUGCUGAGCCUGGGGGUUCACGUAAAUGAGGUGAAUGCCUAUGGCAACACCCCUCUCCAUUUGGCCUGUUACAAUGGGCAGGACGUAGUGGUCAGUGACCUCAUCAAGGCAGGGGCAAAUGUCAGCCAGGUGAAUGAGAGGGGGUUUUCUGCUCUCCACUUGGCCUCCUCCUCACGCCAGGGGGCGCUGUGCCAGGAGCUGCUGCUGUCCCAUGGAGCCUACAUCAACAUCCAGAGCAAGGAUGGUAAAACUCCCCUCCACAUGGCAGCUACCCAUGGGAGGUUCUCCUGCUGUCAGGCCCUUAUUCAAAAUGGAGCUGAGAUUGAUCGUGAGGACAAGAGCAGAAAUGCUGCCCUUCAUAUCGCUGCCCGCUACGGCCACGAACUCAUCAUCACAUCUCUCAUCAAACAUGGGGCCAACACCUGCAAGAGAGGCAUUCAUGGGAUGUUCCCUCUACAUCUGGCAGCUCUCAGCGGCUUCUCAGACUGCUGCAGGAAGCUGUUGUCCUCAGGGUUUGACAUAGACACCCCUGAUGACUUUGGAAGGACCUGUCUACAUGCUGCUGCAGCUGGAGGGAACCUGGAGUGCCUGAACCUGCUGUUAAACAUAGGAGCAGACUUUAACAGGAAAGACAACUUUGGAAGGACUCCUUUACACUAUGCAUCAGCCAACUGUAACUACCAGUGUGUGUUUGCCUUGGUGGGCUUCGGGUCAAGCAUCAAUGAGCUGGACCAGAGAGGCUGCAGCCCCCUACACUAUGCUGCUGCUGCUGACACUGAUGGAAAGUGUGUUGAGUACCUGUUAAGGAAUGAUGCUGAUCCCAGAGUGAGAGACAAGCAGGGUUACAGUGCUGUACAUUAUGCUUCAGCCUAUGGGCGCACACUAUGCCUGGAACUGAUGGCAAGUCAGACCCCUCUAGAUGUGUUAAUGGAGACAUCAGGAACAGACAUCUUGAGUGGCUCAGAGAACCAGGCACCCAUCAGUCCUCUCCAUCUGGUGGCAUACCAUGGACACUGUGGAACAUUAGAAGUUCUCCUGUCAUCGUUGGUGGAUGUGGAUGUUUGCAGCCCAGAGGGCCAAACCCCCCUCAGCCUGGCUUCCUCCAGGGGUCAUCAGGAGUGUGUGUCCUUGCUGCUACACCAUGGCGCCUCACCCAUGACCCGGGACUACAAACAGAAAAAGACAGCCAUACAUGCUGCAGCUAUGAGUGGCCACCCCGAGUGCCUGCGCCUGCUCAUGAGCAAUAACAAACAACACAUUAACGUGGAUGUACAAGACACCAACGGACAGACUCCUCUGAUGUUGGCACUGCUGAAUGGAAACACAGAGUGUGUGUACUCUCUGCUCAGUCAAGGAGCCAAUGUAGAGAUACAAGACCGCUGGGGGAGGACAGCACUACACCGGGGGGCUGUGACAGGCCAGGAGGAGUGUGUUGAGGCCCUCCUCCAGCGGGGGGCCAGUGUUUGUGUGAAAGACAUCGGGGGCCGCUCCCCUCUUCACCUGGCAUCCGCUUGCGGCCGUGUAGGUGUGCUGGGUGCCUUGCUGCAGGCCAUCAGCACCUCACAUGCUAACACACACCUCACGGACAACCAGGGCUACACACCAUUGCACUGGGCCUGCUACAAUGGAUAUGAUACAUGUGUGGAGGUGCUGUUAGACCAGGAGGUGUUCAGGCAGAAUAAAGGCAACUCUUUCAGUCCGCUGCACUGUGCUGUUAUGACUGACAAUGAGGGAGUGGCUGAGAUGUUAAUUGAUUCCUUGGGCCCAACUAUCAUCAACAGCACUGAUUCUAAGGGCAGGACCCCCCUUCAUGCUGCAGCAUUUUCUGACCAUGUAGAAUGCAUUUCCCUUCUUCUGAGCCAUGGAGCUCAGGCAAACCUAGUGGACACACACAUGCACAGGACCCCGCUGAUGAUGGCAGCGCUACAGGGACAGACCAAUGCCGUGGAGGUGUUGGUGAGCAGUGCUAAAGCAGACUUGGCACUACAGGAUAAAGACAGAAACACAGCAUUACAUCUGGCCUGCAGCAAGGGUCAUGAAACAUGUGCCUUGUUGAUUCUGGAGAAGAUCAGCGACAGAAACCUCAUCAACUGCACCAAUGCUGCUCUCCAGACGCCCCUGCAUGUAGCAGCCAGGAAAGGUUUGACAGUGGUGGUCCAGGAGCUGCUGGGGAAAGGAGCCAGUGUGUUGGCAGUGGAUGAGAAUGGUUACACUCCAGCUUUGGCCUGCGCUCCAAACCGUGAUGUAGCUGACUGCCUGGCCCUCAUCCUCAACUCCAUGAUGCCUGCCUCCCCCAUGGUCACCAUAGCAGCUUUACCAGCACUUUCUCUCACCCCAGCAGUCACCAACCACCACCCCACCUCCAACCACAUCUCCAAGGGUGUGGCCUUUGACACCCUACCUCCGCUGAGCCCCAGUCAUGCCUCUUACUGUAGGCCAGAGCACCCACUGUCUUCUGUUUCUGCAGACGAAGAGCUGAAUGACUCGGACUCAGAAACGUACUAAGGAGUACUGGACAGC